AUGGAGGAACCAACAGCAGAUGAAACCAUAGUUGAAGAAAGAGAAGAGCUCAUGGUUUCACCUUUUUCUGAUGGAAAACCAAAUUCGAGAGCAGCCCAUUUCCUCAAACCAACUUUAUCUUCCAUGGAUGAACCAAUCCCAAACCAUUUUUCCCUCUCUGGUUCCUUUCUACCUCACACUUUUGAGCCUAAAAACUGGCCUCUAAAGGUCUGCUUUAAUGGCUCGAGAACCCCACUGAAAAGCUGGCUUUUUUGGGUUGAUAUCCUGCGUCCCAAGUAUCAACCUGUUUGGAAAAAGGCUGGAAUCUUCGAAGCAAUAAUGAGUUCAACUUGCUUAAUAAAAAAAUAUGAUGAUUUGGUAAUUGGCUUGGCAGAAAAAUGGAACCCUGAGACCAACACUUUCAUCUUUCCCUGGGGUGAAGCAACAAUAUCUUUAGAGGAUGUGAUGGUUUUGGGAGGUUAUUCUGUUAUAGGCUUCCCUGUUACAUGCCCUGGUGACAGCCAAGAACUCAAGGAAGUUGAAGACAAACUUCUUGAAGAAUGCAGGAAAAUUCAAAGGGAUCGAGCAGCUAGAAGGGUCAGGCAAACAGAGUGGAUAAAUAUUUUCAUGGGAAGUGGGAGAGAUAUUGAGCAUGAAGCAUUACUUUCAUUGUGGUUAUCAAGGUUUGUUUUCCAAAAUAUUGAUGGAAUAAUUAGGAAGAGCGUCUUUCCAAUUGCAUGCCGUUUAGCUAGGGGGGAAGCUAUGGCACUAGGACCAGCUGUUUUGGCCAGUAUCUAUAGGGACUUGACUUUGUUGAAAGAAACCAUUGUUGGUUCAACUAAAUUUAAGGGUGGUGAGGUUGAUGAUUGCGUGUUGGCCAUUACACUAUGGUCACCAAUGCAGUUGGUUCAACUUUGGGCGUGGGAAAGGUUCCCAGCAUUUCAGCCAAAGCCUAAUGUGAUCGACAACUUUGAACCCAGAUCAGCUAGAUGGAGCAAUGUAAAAAUUGUGAAAGUUGAGAAUGCGAGGAUGGUUUUGGACUCAGCGGGUGAGACUUUUGAUUGGAGGCCUUAUGCUAAAGUUGUUAAUUACUGGCAGUUCCCUGAAUUUUACAAGGAAAAAGAAGAGUGGAUUUCAAUUGAUCAAAGCUUGAAUAAAGAAUUAUUAUCUUUUGCUCUAUGUUUGAGGCCUUCUGAGUUAGUUGGAUUAGGAUCAGGAUGUGUACAGCAGUACCUGCCACAUCGAGUAGCAAUGCAGUUCGGAAUUGAUCAAGAUAUACCUUGUCACAUUGCUCGGUUCAAUGAGACUCCAGAAAUUGCUUGGAACAAUUACCUGAGACCAAUCAACGAUAGAAAAUUGUAUAUUCCAUCUCGUUUCUUUGAGUCUGAGGUUACCUUCCGAUACUUGGAGUGGUGGAAGAAGCUGUCAAUGGUUGUUUACCCAGAUGUGAUAAAGGGUAUAGUGAGAAGAAAAAGGAGUUCAAGGAAGAGGCCAGAACGAAUACCAUGGGUGAAAGCAAAAAAGGGGGAAAAUGAUGCCAGUGUUCCUCCUGGUUUUCCCCUCAAACUGAACAAGGUGAAAUUUGAGCCUUUUGUUGAGGAAGUAAAACCUGAAGCUUUUGAGGAGUCCAGCAAGAAAGCUAGUGUCACUACUAGACCACUUGGUCAUGAUAAAUGCUCUCUGGCUAAUGUUCAGUAUCUCACACCUUCAAUAGCACAUAAUGGAGGAUUUGCAAAGAUGGAGUUGCCCUUGGUACCAAUGCAAGAGGUUGUACAUAUCAAGGCUCAGAAUGCAGGAUCAGCAAGAGUAAGGGGAGAGGCAAAUGAGAGUGAAAUUGGGUUACCAUCGUAUGAUAAUGAGAACAUCAGCAGGUAUAGUGAAAGCAGUAUCACCACACUCAACAUGGUAGCAUCCAGACUUGAAGCUCGGGUUGCUAGGAUAGAGAGAGUGGUUGCUGAGCUAAAAGCAGCAGGCAAGUUUGAGAGAAAUCCAAUCAAAGAAGACAGCUAA